ACAUUGGAAUUUGUUGAUGCAGAAAGAAGACAAAUGGAUCCACAUGCUUUCGACAUAGAAAACCCUUAUGUUCCACUGGCAAAUUCGCUGAAAGAGGAGUUUCAAAGCUUGUCUCCUCCCUUCUCCACUGAAUGCAGUAUCUAUAGAGUUCCUGAGAGAUUACUUCAUAUCAAGGAAAAAGCCUAUACUCCUAAGGUAGUCUCCAUUGGCCCACUUCACCAUGGUAUGAAAGGCUUGAAAGCCAUGGAAGCACAUAAAAAGAGGUACGCGCAAGAUUUUAUCCAACGGACGAAUAAAAGCUUGGAGUUCUAUAUCCAAGUUGUAAAGGAGAAGGAAACAAGAAUGCGUGGUUGCUAUGCAGAAACCAUUCAGUUUAGCAGUGAUGAAUUUGUCAAAAUCAUUCUAGUCGAUGCUGCCUUCAUCAUUGAGGUCUUACUGAGGCGCAAUUUCCAUGAGCUGCAAGAUAAAAAUGACUGCAUAUUUAAUAAACCAUGGAUGUUACAGGAUGUAUGGCCGGACCUCCAAUUGCUAGAAAACCAGCUUCCGUUCUUCAUUCUUGAGGAUCUUUUUGACACUAACAAAAUUACAGUCUCUUCCCAGCAAAAUGAGAUACCUUCCAUCAUUGAGCUCUCACAUAACUUCUUCAAAAAGGUAAUGUAUUUGGAGGGAACAAAAGACAAAUUUGAGAAUUUUUGUUCUUCCAAAGUUGAACAUUUUGUUGAUCUCCUUAGACACUUACAUCUACCUUUGAAGGAGCAGCCUAAAGGAAAGAUUAAAACACUAACCACGCCCACUAUGACAGAUCUACAAGAGGCUGGAGUCAGGUUUAAUGUGGGGUCAAGCAGAAAUCUAUUUGACAUACAAUUCAGUGAAGGGAUACUGGAAAUCCCAAAACUUAUUUUAAGCGACGAAACAGAACUCUUAAUCCUAAAUCUUCUUGCCUUUGAGCAAUUGCAUUAUGGGGAGAAUUACAUAAAUGAUUAUGUUAUCAUAAUGGAUUGCCUUGUUAACACUCCUAAGGAUGUGGAUUUGCUGGUCAAGUAUGAAAUUGUUGAGAAUAGGCUAGGCGGCGACAGCAAUGAAGGGUCAACUAUUAUCAACAAACUUGGCAAGGUGGCUAUUUUGGACAAUAAUAACUUCUGUUUUGCAAGUCUUUGUGAAGAACUGAACAAGUACUACAGAACCCCCUGGCACAAGUGGAAGGCUAACUUGAAACAGAAUUAUUUUAACACACCAUGGGCCAGUACUUCGGUUGUUGCAGGUGUUAUUCUCCUUGUACUCACUUUAAUACAAACUGUGUGUUCCAUCAUGUCCACCUUUUCAGAUGGAAAGAAACAUUGAUAGGUCACUGUAUGGCAGUUG